CGUAUGGUCUAGACUUCAUCCACGAACGAGAGAGAGAGAGAGAGUUGCAGAGGGAGAAGUAGAAGAGAAGCAGGAAAGAUGGGAGUGAAUUCGCUCGUCUUCUUGGCACUAGCGCUUCUUUUCUCUCUGAACUCCGAAGCUUAUCACUGUUCAACUCAAGGAGUACCUUUGGUGAGGAAUAUUGGUGAGCUUCCACAGGAUAACUUUGGGAGGCCUGGAUUGUCCCACAUUACUGUUGCUGGUUCACUCUUGCAUGGGAUGAAAGAGGUUGAAGUAUGGCUUCAAACAUUUGCUCCGGGAUCACACACACCUAUUCAUAUGCACUCCUGUGAAGAAAUUUUCGUUGUCUUAAAGGGGAGUGGCACUCUCUAUCUUGCCUCAAAUUCAUAUACAAAAUACCCCGGAGAACCCCAAAAAUUUCCUAUCUUCACAAAUAGCACAUUUCAUAUCCCUGUUAAUGAUGCUCACCAGAUCUGGAAUACAAAUGAAAAUGAGGACUUGCAAGUUCUAGUUGUCAUAUCACGUCCUCCAGUCAAAGUGUUCAUGUACAACGAUUGGUUCAUGCCUCACACGGCUGCCAAAUUGAAGUUUCCCUACUAUUGGGAUGAACAAUGUUUUGAGACACCGCAGAAAGAUGAGCUUUAGCAUUCAAGUCAAUACCUUGCCACAUUGGUGACAUACUGCUCUAUAUGGUAUUUAUUGUUUUUUGUUGUCUUUGUAAAGUGUAAGCACCAAGUGUAUCAAUUGUCUGGUAGGAUUUGCUGAGAUCAUUGGAGUUGAGAAUUUGAAACUAACAGAUUGUUGGUCUAUAUGAAUUUUUCAGUUAUGCCCAUUGGUCCUUUGAUGUUGUAUGGAAUUAAAGUUUCCUUUUAUUAACUAACAUUUUAACUA